AUGAUAGAAAAUGAGCAGAUGAAAAAAAAACAACACAGCAGCUUUGCAACUGCUGCAGCCUGGGGGCGGAGCCUUUUCCGGCAAGCAGCGCGAGAAGAAUUAAAAAUGCUUGACGUCAGCCACGUCAGAUUUCAGUAGUCCAAGAUGGCGAAGGCGAGCGGGCCGAGGAAUAGAAAUCACUUCGGUUGCAACUCCAAAAGCCGACUCGAAGACGAAGGGUUUAAAGACAUGGAUGAUGGCCCGAUCAUUCGCCACAGUCAGAGGGCUCCUCUCGCGCGGCCAGAAGACCUGACGGACGGGUUAAACAUCAGAACCAUUACCCCAGAGUCCUAUCAGACCGACAGCAUCAGUCCUUCACCAGAUGAAGGGAUUGACGAGGAAAAGCCUGUGGUGGAGGAGAGGCCGGGGCCCGUCCAGAUCGUCCGAGCCAACGAGAGCGAUGGCAUUUUUCAGCUGGACGUCGCUGCGCUGGAGAAGAUCCUGCUGCAGGAUCAUGUGAAGGACAUGAACUUGGUGGUCGUGUCUGUGGCUGGAGCGUUUCGGAAGGGCAAGUCCUUCCUGCUGGAUUUUAUGCUGCGCUACAUGUACAAUCAGCACAGCGACACGUGGAUAGGAGGAGACCAUGAACCCCUGAUUGGGUUCAAAUGGAGGGGAGGCUGCGAGAGGGAGACCACAGGAAUUCAGGUGUAUGUGAACGCCAUCCCCAAACAAACCCUGAAUUUUUCCACACUGACUUGUGUUUUGUAGGUCGCUGUACUCCUCGUCGACACUCAGGGAGCAUUUGAUAGCCAGUCCACCAUAAAGGACUCUGCUACUGUGUUCGCUCUCAGCACCAUGACCAGCUCUGUCCAGGUGUACAACCUCUCCCAUAACAUCCAGGAAGACGAUCUGCAGCAUCUGCAGCUCUUCACUGAAUACGGACGGCUGGCAAUGGAAGAAACUGAAUCCAAACCUUUCCAGUCUUUAAUGUUCCUGAUUCGGGAUUGGAGUUCUCCGUAUGAAUACGAUUAUGGACUGAAGGGAGGACAGGCCUUUCUACAAAAAAGACUGCAGGUUAAAAACUGCCAACACGAAGAGCUGCAGAACGUCAGGAAGCACAUCGACUCCUGCUUCAGCAAGAUCAGCUGCUUCCUGCUGCCACAUCCAGGCCUCAAGGUGGCCACCAACCCAAAGUUUGAUGGGAGACUAAAAGACAUCGAAGAUGAUUUCAAGACGCAGCUGGCUGAGCUGAUGCCUGUGCUGCUGGCCCCAGAUCAGCUGGUGGAGAAGCAGAUUGGUGGAAGCAAAAUCACCUGCAAGGAUCUGGUGGAGUACUUCAAGGCCUACAUAAAGAUUUACGAAGGUGACGAGCUUCCUCAUCCAAAGUCCAUGCUGCGGGCUACAGCAGAAGCCAAUAAUCUGACUGCCGUGGCUGGAGCCAAAGACUUGUACGGCAAGAGCAUGGAGAAGGUUUGCGGAGGGGACCGGCCCUACAUGGCCCCGGCCGACCUGGAGAGGUACCACGAAGCUUUCUGCCAAGACUCUGUCACGUUUUUCCGCUCCGUAAAGAAGAUGGGCGGCGAGGAGUUCUGCCAGCGCUACCAGGACCAGCUGGAGUUGGAGCUGAAGGAGGCCUACACCAACUUCUCCAAGCACAACGAGGGCAAAAACAUCUUCUAUGCAGCCCGCACGCCCGCCACGCUCUUUGUGGUCAUGUUUUUCACCUACGUGUUGUCGGGGGUGACCGGCUUUAUUGGCCUGAGCGUCUUUGCGGCGCUGGCCAACCUGGUCCUGGGCGUGGCGCUGCUGCUCCUCUGCAUCUGGGCGUACGUGAAGUAUUCGGGAGAGUUUCGGGAGGCGGGAAUGUUGAUAGACCAGUUGGCCGAAGCGCUCUGGGAACAGGUUUUGAAGCCACUUGUUGAAAACUACAUGGAGGACAACGUCCGGCAGACGGUCUUCAACUCCAUCAGAGCCAGUUUGGCAGAACAGGGCACCCAGCCCACCAGGUUAAAGACUGACUGACCGCUCUCCCUCUUCGUCUCCCCCAUCAUCAUCAUCGUCGUGUUCCUCCCACCGCCGUCUGUCCACUGCUAGAGCUGUGGGACUAGAUCAACACCAAAGCUGACCCUCUUUCUACGUUGUUUUUGUCGGCGCCCCGUCCGUCUCUGUUUCGUAGCCUUGCAGCGUGACCUGCUCUUCAUCGCCCCCUAGUGCCUCACUCAACAUGCUGCACAAUCAAAGGACCGAGCAGAGCGUCGUCUGCCGUGAUACAUGUUGUCUUUUUGGUGCAUUCGUUGUUUUUCGCUGGAGUCGGACUGCACUCAGUUCAAGAUGAAGGAAACUGACACAGCUGUGGGCAGCUGCUAACGAUGGAUGCACCCCCCUUCAAAGUGUGUGUUUUCUUUUCUGUUUCCCUGACAUCUUCUCAGCACUACUGACUCAUCCACUCGGAAAACCAACAACGGGUCGAUUCCUUGAAAUCUGUCAACGAAAAACACAAGCUACGGAAAUAAAGCAAAGCUGAAUUUCUUUCCCAACACUAGGAGGCGACGUUUUUAAUGAUCAAACUCUUUGGGGUCAGGCUGCCUUCACCUUUCCCUGUGUCCCUUUAAUACUUCCUAUAAAUUACUGAAGAGCUGCAGGUAGCACCAAGUGUUUCCCUUCUGUUGUUUCUUUAAGGGGGUCUGUUGUUUUUUGAUUGUUUUUAGAUAGCAAGGUGUGCUUUGAAGCAGCCUUUGGUGUCUCACAGCAGACGUGCCAGUAUUGAGCUCUGUGCAUGCUGUAAAGAGCUUUUAGAGCCCAGCUAUAGACGAGAGGUUAAUUUUUAAAGUUGUUUUUUUUUUUUUUUUUUUUUCUCAUCCAUGCCUUCCAUUAAAGCUGCACCAGCACACACACACUGGUUGCAGCCUCAGAAGCUGUGGGAGCUCCAGCUCAGACGGUCGGUCUCAUUCACGGUUUGAUUUGAUGUUAUGUGAAGUUGGUUUUGGAUUUGUUGAAUUGUUCCUUUUUAAAAAUGAGCUGAACUUGAAUCUCUUGCUGGACGUUUCUCGGCCAGGGCUGGAACCUCCCAGAAGUAGAAUGAAAUGGAUUUUAUUGCACAACGCGAACCUCCCUGAGGAACUCCGCCAUGUUUGUCGAUUCUUUUAGCUUUUCACACCAACAGCUUGCACGUGUCUUUCACGCUGAUUCCAUCCUCACCUCGAUCAGCAGUCUCAUAAUGUACAGUUUCUUUUCUGUGCUCUUAUAUUAAAUCAGGCAUGUAUGUUGAUUAUUUAAAUAAACAAUGUACACAUUUUAUAGAUGAUCAGUUUUCCAUGGCUGUUUUCUUCCAGUCUGGUCUGGUAAAGGAGAAACUCCUGCUGUAGGUUUCCAUUAGCUGCUCAUGGUCACCAGGACGGGCUGGACGGCUGCAUGUUGUGGAUACUUGUAUCCAGACUGGACCGUUUGCUGGACCGGAGACAUUAGCCUGACUUUUAAAGAUAUCUCUGGUAAUUUAUUUUUGUUUAAAAUGUUCAUUUUAAGAAUAAAUCAUACACACAGUC